AUGUCUGAAUUUUGGUGUGUUUGUCGCAAGUACUGUAACGCUGAAAGAACCUCCAUUCAAUCGCAAUCAAUGUGGUAUCGUCAUCUUCAAGAAGCGGAUGAUGAUGAAAAGGAAAACAUUCGACUAGUGAAGUUCUCUGAUGCAUUUCGUGCAUCUGCUGCUCCCACACCUAGCACUUCGGCUGGUCCGAGUGAUUUGAAACAUCUGAAUGAAUCUAAUGACAACAAUGACAACAGUGUGCCCUGCAAACGCAAACGAUCAGAAGAUGUCAUGGAGCAGGACACAAAUAUUACUAGUCGACAAGGCUCGCCAGCACCAUCUCUUCACUUCAAUCCUCUGGAGCCAAAUUUCGAUCCUCUGGGGCCAGAAUUUGAUCCUACACAACCCCAACCAGACCCAUGUCCCAAUCAACAGCAGCUACCACCCAAUAACGAGCGCAGAUGUAGCCCACUCUGGGACUUGGACCUAGAUGAACUGUCUAAUAUGGCACGCAUUCCAAAGCUCCAACAGGAUAUGCUGUUCAUUUGUGCACUUCGGGAAGCUCAUUUAGAUGAUGGUGUCGGACUCAAAGGUGAGGCUCUUGAGAGGCUCCGUAAUCCCCCUUCCUACCCAGCAACUGUUGAUGACCCUGGUAUUGACUUUGCACUCUCGAUGUUCCUCGCACUCGAACACUCAUCAGAAGCAGCCUAUGAGGACAUACAAACUGCGGCUCAUUGA